CUCGCAUCUCACCGCUUCAAGUUCGAUGCGUAUUCAUCAUAAUCAUAACCUCAUCAUCCUGAACCUGAAUUGCUCCUACCCCAAAGCAUCACCAACUCUCUACUUCCGACAUGCCGGCUAUCGACUGGAACGUGGUCCAUCCGUCCAACAACCCGCAGUUCUCGCACUUCCCGUCUCGACGGUCGACGGUGUUUAGUACCAAAGGUCUCGUGGCCAGCAGUCAGACCCUUGCAAGUCAGGCUGGGUUGGAGAUCUUGAACAAGGGAGGAAAUGCAGCCGAUGCGGCCGUUGCUACCGCUGCCGCUCUGAAUGUGACUGAACCAAGUUGUACCGGCAUCGGGGGCGAUCUGUUCUGCCUCUUCUGGGACGCAAAGGCCAAAAGAGUCCGGGCCAUCAACGCUUCGGGACGAGCUCCUGCGGCCCUCAGCCUCAAACACCUCCGUUCUCAAGGCAUCAACGGUCGCACGAUUCCGCUUACCAAUCUCAAUAGCGUGACCGUUCCUGGAGCCGCCAGCGGCUGGGUCAAGACGGUCGAAGAGUUCGGAAGCGGCAAGCUCAACUUGUCCGAGAUCUUGGCUCCGGCUAUUCGGUUGGCAGAAGAAGGAGUCCCUACCGCCGAGCUUCACGCAAACGCCUGGCAGGGUAGCGAAAACCUCAUCAAGCGAGCUUCUCCGCACGCCCAUGACAUGCUCCUGGACGGCAAAGCUCCCUUGGCUUCCCAUAUCGUCAAGUUUCCUCAUCUCGCCAAUACCUUCAAGGCCGUAGCUGAACACGGAACCAAGGGGUUCUAUACGGGCAGGAUCGCCGAGGCCAUUGUCGAGCUUGUUCAGUCUGGAGGUGGUGUGAUGACGAUGGAAGAUCUCGCUUCUCAUACCGCCAACGUGGUAGAACCGAUCAAAUACGAAUUCAAGCAGGGACAAGCCGGCGAAGCGGGAGUGACGCUAUACGAGUGUCCGCCAAACGGACAAGGUUUGACAGCUUUGGUCGCCUUGGGGAUCAUCGAGGGAUUGGAAGCCUCUGGGAAACUAGACGAUAUUCUCAAGCUGGAACACAAUUCCGUGGAGUACCUGCAUAUCCUGAUCGAGUCGCUCAGGCUGGCGUUUGCCGAUACACGCUACUAUGUGACGGAUCCCGAGGUGGUGCAUGUACCUGUAAAAGAAAUGCUCAGCAAAGAAUAUCUGAGCAAGCGAGCGGCUCUGAUCGAUCUGGAAAAGUCUACUGUAGAUGUACGAAAGGGCUCCCCCGUACAAAGCUCUGACACAGUGUAUUUCACCACCUCGGACAAGGAUGGUAACGCUUGUUCAUUUAUUGCAAGUAACUAUGCUGGCUUCGGAACGGGAGCAAUUCCAAAAGACUGCGGUUUCACGCUUCAGAAUCGAGGAUCCGGCUUCACGCUUGAGGAAGGGCACCCGAACAACGUCAAGGGAGGCAAACGCCCGUAUCAUACGAUCAUUCCGGCUAUGGCCACCAAAGGAGACGAACUCUUCCUGUCGUACGGAGUCAUGGGCGGCUUCAUGCAGCCCCAGGGACACGUCCAGGUGCUACUAAAUGUCCUCAGAGGCAUGACCCCGCAAGCCGCUCUUGAUGCGCCUCGAUUCUGCAUUUCCGCUGGUCUGCCCUCGGCGGACAAUGAAGAUGCCGAAAAGAGCGGCAAGAGCGCGGGGGAGGUCAACUCUGAGGUCUACAUUGAAGAAGGGGUUUCUGACGAGGUCUUCGACAAGCUCAGAGAAAUGGGACACGACGCUCGCCGCGCGCAAGGAUUCUCGAGAGCCGUGGCGGGUCGAGGACAGAUCAUCCAACAAGUCCUGGACCCGUCAGGCGCACGCGUAUGGGCAGGCGGUUCGGACCAACGCGCGGAUGGACAGGUUGCUGCCCAAAUCUAGGGGAACGGUCGAAAACACG